UCUUUCUUAUCUUAGUCAUUAUGUCCAUACUAAAAUACUCACACCACACACUGUCUAGAGAUGAUCCAGAGCUCUAUUUUUAACACACCUGUCACAGUGCCCCACCCAUAAUAGUUAACGGUGCGUCCCUUUCACUUGGUGUAUUGUUCCUUUGUACUGGUAGUACCUGUUCUCCAGAUUAAGUGGCCUCUUGGGACAUAAUUUAGGAGAGGCCAGCACAAAACCACGCCCAGACGUUUAGGUGGCAGGAAACGAUGGACAACUUCGUUACAAAGACACCUGUGUGAUAGGAGACACCUCAUCAAGGCGAGUUGGUGAACCAAGACAACGUUUUGUCACAUUUCCGAGAAAGAAGGACUACCACGAUGACGAAUGUUUAACCUGUUGUUCUACGUUACUGAAUGGUGACAUACCCUGCUAAAAUAGACCAGGGUGCCCACAACCUACUACAGCCGUCACCUCCGUGUUUCUAGGGAAAGGACCCCAGUUCCUGUUGCGUUCGUGUCAUGUUUAUUUGGCAGUGAAGAUCCCGUAUGAAGAUAUCGUGUUGUGCUGAACGGGACAGGAUGGUGUGACGUAAGUUGUCUGCGCGAAUCAUUCACCCAAGUCAGACAAGUGUGCGCGAGCUUGUCACGGCAUUUUGCUUGUCUGCUGACAGAGUACUAGUACGUACCUAACUUCGCCUGGCUGUACACAAGGGAUUUUAUCAAGAAUAUACGUCGGAUAUACCUAGACUGCACCAGGCCUUUCUACGCAGGGUCUUCUACGGGAACACGGAUCGUAGAAUUCGGCAAAAAGAGAGCAAAAUAGGCCAAGGGAGUCCGGCCGUGGGGAGGUAAUUUAUUUCCCUCCGAAACUGCGCGGCCAGUCAAACCUACAAGGCGGCCAAACUCCCCUGGCAAUUAUUUUCCUGUAUAUAGCCAGCAUAGUUAGUCUGGUAGAGACUAGGAUAUACCAGAACUAUGGAGGUGUGUGUGAUCUUCAAAGCUCUCCUGACCCGUCUUCUGUUCGCUGCGCACGGGAUCCUGUGCAUCUGGCGGGCCAGUAUCGCCGUGGGGACGUCCAACUUCUGGUUCCUGAUGCUGGCAGAAGUCGGGCUGUUUAUCGAGACUCUCUUCACGCUCAUCGCCAGGAAAGGCAAGGAGUGGAAAUGGUUCUGUCCCAGCGUGCUUUUCUUCCUGGGCUGCACCGUGCCCUCGAUCUGGUUCUUGGAACUGGAUCAGCUGGAGCGCCGCCUGGCGGCCAGACCUGAGGUGCAGGACGUGUGCAAAAACGCGACCCAAAACGUCACAGUGACGAGCGACAGUCCAGAUGCUCUACACCUGCAUUCCAUCGGAAUCAACGCGGCGCUCACGAUCGAGAACUGGGUCCUGGCCCUGGAACAGAUCCUCGUGUUCCUCCUCAUCAUCGGCCGCUGGCUGCUGCCCAGAGGCGACCUGACACGCGACGAGCUUUCUCAGCUCCUAUUGGUCUACAUAGGCAUGGCCGCCGACAUCGUGGAGCUGUUCGAAGUGUUCGAAGAGGAGAACGUCAUGUUCAACCCCCGGGUGGUCUACUCGGUUCUCGCGCUGUUCUCGUGGAGUCUGCUACAGUUCACGAUCGUCUUCACAGCCGUCAAGGCGAGGAAAUCUCGUCCGGGUGCGAUAAACAUUGUCGAGACAGUUAACGUUGAUCAUACCAUCUCACGGGAUGGGGAACCAUACAACGGGCAAACCCGGCCGCCGAUGUGGCACAACGUUCACCACAGGGACUCGGUGUGCCAGCACUGUGGCGCCGCCAGGCGACCGGGCGAGGAAGUGCAGAAGAAGAAGCGGACAGUGUGCGGGUGCUGCCACCCGGACAUCUUCGCGAUUUCCACCACCAUCCUGAUGCAGGACGGUCCGUUCCUGGCGUUCCGGCUGUACCUCAUCUUCUACGAGCACAUCAUCACGCAGGGUCUGCUCUUCUUCGUCGGGAAGAACGCGCUGGUGAUCGUGCUGCAACUCUACCGAGUCAUCGUCAUCUGCACCGAGGAGGAAAAAGACGACAGCCACGGAGAUGUUAAGGAGCUAACUGACUUUGUAACUAUCAUCAAAGACGACAACAGGAACACCGCCGUUGCAGCGUACGAAAACGGUGGAAUGGAUCCGGAGAUCCACGAGACAACAGUUCCUGGCGAAAAUGGCCAGUAAUAAACUAUACAAGUUAAUGUCUCUCACAAGACUAGGUAGAACAAGACUCAUUCCUUAUGAAGCAAGUUUAAACUGCAAUUUCCAACACAAGAAAUUGGACUCAUCCAAAUUUUCGACUGCACAACUCCAGUCUUUGUCAAGGAAUGAGCAAUCUACCGCUUCCGUGACGUCACGCAGAUAACACACGUGACUCCAUGAGCAGUGGAUUAUAGGUUGCAAAGAGUCUGUGGUGCCCCCCGUCUCGGCAUGAUGGCCUUGAAGUAGGGAUCCGAAACCUCUGUGUAUUGACUGCUGGUGUGCUUAAUAUUCGUUUCAAAUGCCCAAAUAUCUGUACAUACAUAGUAAAUGCGUAACGUAACUGUUCUACAAGCGUAUGCAAAUGUGUACAUAGUAGUCCAGGGGCAUGUAGGGACCGUUUUGAGAGAAAACAAUAAUGGCGCCAGACGGGCACGUGUUCAACACGAAACUUUUUAUUUUUAUUUCAAUUUUUCAAAACCGUACGGGAACCUCCAAACAAUAGUCUAUCACUUUAAAACGAAUCGUAUUGAUAUGAUGGUAUUAUUGUCAAUAAUUAUUAGUCAAUUACUUUCAGUUUUUAGUGAGUCUACUUUGAAGAAGAAUAGAAAUAUACACCUCCAACAUUUACUUAACCAAAAUAGAUCCCCUAAACAUUCAUGGGGCACUUUCAACAAAGCAUGUAGCUAAAAUUUAACGUUUCCUCUUUUUAAUUUCUUUUUAUGUGUUAUACAUGUACAUUUUACUCCAGCCAAAUGGCUAUUCAUAUACUAUCUCGACUAUUUGAGCGACUUCAAAACUGUAUGAAAUAAAAAAAACACAAUCAUGUACAUAGCAUUAUAGUGUCAGGUCACAGAUAUUGCAAUAGUAAGAUUACUGAGGUUUAGGUUUAUAGCGUAAAUUAUGUUGUUACAAAUUGUUCAUUUUAAGACUGUCGACCUCACUACAUCAAUUUGUAGAUGAUUCAUCAACUUGUUAAUAAAAAAAUCCACUUGUGAUACCGU